CAACUGUCAUUCUCUCUCUCGCCAGUCGCGUCAACAAAAAAAAGCAACAAAAAGUGCGAGUGAUGAUCAAUAAUCGUGCAGAUAAAUUUUUGAUUUAGGAAAAACUCCUCCGAAUUGUACAAAAAUCUCGGAAUGUCCCGUCAAAAUACGCGCUUGGAUACCAAAAAAGUGUGCUUCUGCUAGAGACCGGAAGUUUUUUCGUUCAGUGAAGAGAAAAAAUAGUUAAGUGAAAAAUGCAACCGGAAGGGGCGUCGAAUCGCAAAAAUGCGUCCAUAGUCAUCAAGAUGGAAGGAGACCAAAGCGGAAGUGCUGGUGCUGGAGGUGGCAUUCUCGGUGGUGGAGCUCCCAUACAAGUGCUGCAGCUGAAUCAGGCUUUGCAGGACCAUGGCAAUCAACAGAUGCUUUUACAAUCCCUUCAGCAAUCGAUUGGCGGAAGUGCCGUUUCCGGUGGACAGUCCGUUCAGGUCCUUCCCUUAUCUUCACUACCCACUCAAGGAUUGAUGGUACAGGCGCAACCCGUCCAGCAAACGGCCCAACCACAAAUGCUCCAGUUCACCCUGGACGGGUCGCAAACGUUUCUCUAUCAACCGGUUCAACUUCCGACGGAAUCCAUCCAGAACGUUAACAUCAACGGGAACAUCGUCCAGAUUCCAAAUCAAGCGAUGACAGCGGCAGCUGGUUCCGCCGGAACAGCGCCAGUAGUAAUGUUAGCGGCAGCUCCGGACCAGAGCGGAAUUGCCACCGUGCAGAAUCCGGCCAUAUUCACCCCGGCCAAUGCCACAGUUCAGCAAAGCAGUGGAACAGCCUCAGCAGUACCAUCCGGAAACUUGCCAUCCAGCAUCAUCAAGGUUGAGCCCGGGACUUCUGAAACACUUCAAACCAUAGCCAGCGUGGAAUCGGAGGAGGAACCACUCUACGUGAACGCCAAGCAGUACAAGCGGAUUCUGAAGCGACGGCAAGCCCGGGCCAAGUUGGAAGCGCAGGGCAAGAUUCCCAAAGAAAGGCCCAAAUAUUUGCACGAAUCACGCCACAAGCAUGCGAUGAAUCGGGUUCGCGGCGAGGGCGGGCGGUUCCAUACGAAAAAUGAUUGAAAUUUUUAACUCUAUGUGCUACUUUAAGGCUAGAAAGUAAUCAAUAAAUCGUGACUUUGACUGGA